CUUUAACUUGACAUUGUCUUUGUGAAGUAAUUAUGGAUAUUAUUUACUUUAAAGAGGGUCUUUAAGCAACUUUAUAGCACUAAAAAGUUUAGUAAAUAGUUGUAAAAAAAGAAGAAUUUGUGACAUUUGACAGAUAAGUUUAACCAAACGUCAAAAGUUUAUGAAUCAUCAAUAUUUUUUAUUUUCGUUUAGAAAAAUGCUAAAUCCUGAGGAAUUUACUUUAACAAUAAACAAUGUCUGACGUUAAUCUCAACGUAAGCGUAAUUUACUUCGUACCAAACCGAUCCCAGCAUAUUUUAGAGGUUAAUUUUUCGUUGCAGGAUUGCAACAACAGCGAUACGGAGAGCUCCGAAGAUGAAAUCGAACCGAAAUUGAAAUACGUAAGACUCUCGAACGACGUGCAAAAGAUCCUGUUAACCUCGUCGGCGACAUGCAUCGCCGUACACCCAAAAUUCAUAUGCCUGGGAUCCCACUGGGGAGUGAUCCACAUUCUGGACUACCAAGGUAACAGCAUAGAAGGCAAAGACUUGAAGGCUCACGCUGUCAGCGUAAACCACAUUUCCAUCGAUACCAAUGGAGAAUUCAUUGCUACAUGUUCAGACGAUGGAAGAGUGUUCAUACACAGUUUGUUUUCCAAGGAAAACAACGUUCACCUCAAUUUAGGAAGGCUCGUGAAAACCAUAGCUUUAGAUCCUUGUUAUUUUAAAUUCGGAACGAACAAACGAUUUAUUACCGGCGACGAUAAACUGACGCUUUACGAACGCACAUUCCUCGGUAACCUAAAAUCCACUGUACUUUGUGAUAGCGAAGGGUUAGUUCGAAGCCUCUGUUGGGGAGAGAACUUCCUAGCGUGGUCGAGUAACAUCGGCGUACGAGUUUACGAUAUGACAGCCAGAUGUUCGUUGGGUUUAAUCAAAUGGGAAGAACAUCCUAGCGGAUCUAUCGAGAAGUUUCGCUGCAAUCUCCGAUGGGCCGACAGCAGAACUCUCCUAAUCGGUUGGGUAGACACCGUUAGAGUGUGCGUGAUAAGGAAACGAAGUAGCAUUGAACUAGCGAACAGAGAUUUACCCGAAUAUUUGGUCGAUCCGGUGUCCACCUUUCAAACCGAGUUCUACAUCAGCGGAAUAGCCCCGCUCGAUCAACAGCUGGUCCUGUUGGGAUUCCCCAAGGAAUUGGACGAGAAUCAGAAAUCGCUGAGGCCUCAACUGUACAUAGUCGAGUACCGAGACAACGAUUACACCGACAUUUGCACCGAUAGCCUAUCGUUACGGGGUUACGAGGAGUACGGCGUGAACGAUUACCACUUGGACGUGUUAUUAGAUGAAAACAGAUUUUUCAUAGUGGCUCCUAAAGAUGUCGUGGUGGCCAGUCCGUACGAUUUGGACGAUCGAAUACAGUGGUUCAUACAGCACAACAAAUUCGACGAGGCGUUGGAUAUUCUCAUGCAAAACAACGUUAGGGACAUCCAAAGGCAUACAGUUCAAUCGGUGGGCAUAGAUUAUUUGGAUUUUUUGCUCAGCAGAGGAUCGUACGAUAACGCCGGUCGAUUGUGCUUGAGGAUAUUCGGCCAGAACCCCGUCCUGUGGGAGGAUCAGAUCUACAAGUUCGCCAGCGUACACCAGUUGAGAUCGGUCAGCCCUUACAUACCUCGAGCGAUCGAAUCCAAGCUGAAUCCGCACGUGUACGAAAUGAUAUUGUACGAGUACCUGAAAUUGGACUCGCAGGGUUUCCUCAGCCUGGUGAAAGAGUGGAAUCCCGGCUUGUACAACAUAGCGGCCGUCAUCAACGCCGUUUUGGAGCAUUUGCUCAACUGCGAGAUCGACAAGAACGUCUAUUUGGAGGCGCUGGCGAUUUUGUACAGUUACGAGAAGAAGUACGACAAGAGCCUAUCCAUGUACCUCAAAUUAGAGCAUAAGGACGUUUUUACGUUGAUCCAAAAGCACAAUUUAUACAGCGCUAUACACGAUAUGCUUUUAGAUCUGAUGGAUUUGGAUUACAAACAAACUGUCGUGUUGUUGUUACAGAAGAAUACGAUAUCGUCCGAUAAGAUAGUGGAGAAAUUGAGAAGGAACGAAUUGCACCUUUACAGGUAUUUGGACGAGUACGAUAAGAAGAACCCCAAAGGUAAAUACCACAAGGAUCUCGUUAGACUGUACGCGGUAUUCGCCAGGGAGAAAUUGCUGCCGUUUUUGAAGAAAUCCGAUCAUUACCCCAUACAAGAAGCCCUGGAUAUCUGCCAGAAGCAAAAAUAUUAUCCCGAAAUGGUGUAUUUACUCGGUAGAAUAGGAGAUACCAAAGAAGCCCUAGCGUUGAUCGUAAACGAGCUCAAAGAUAUGCAACACGCCAUAGCAUUUUGCCAGGAACACGACGAUCCCGAUCUGUGGGAAGAUCUUAUAAAUCGAUGCGUCAAUACGCCCGAAUUCGUAACGUUCCUGUUGCAAAGCAUCGGUACUUACGUGGACCCGACCAGUCUGAUAUUGAAGAUAAAAAAAGACACCCAGAUACCCGGCUUGAAGAAUUCGUUGGUGAAGAUGUUGAACCAAUACAAUUUGCAGGUGUCCGUGCAAGAAGGCUGCAAGAAAAUCCUGGUAUCGGACUAUUUCAACCUGCAAAAGCGGCUGGUCAAAGUCCAUCAAAAGGGCCACGCGUUGACCAACGAGGCCGUGUGCGGGGCCUGUCACAGGAAGCUCAUCGAGCGAGAUCCAUCUAGGUGCGCCAACAUAACGGUGUUCAAUUGCAAACACGCCUUCCACGUCCAAUGUAUACCGAACAAUCGCACCAAAUGCGGCAUAUGCUACUCCACCGAUCAGAUAUAACCGUAUGCAGCUUCCUGUCGAUCCAGGCGGUGAUCCGGGAGCCGCCGUUCAUCGGGCCGCUGGUGAACUGCGACGACAGGUGCACGACCAGCUUCAAGGCGUUGUCGUACAUCUCCAUUUUGAGCGUCUCCUCGAACUCGUCGACCUUCUUGCGCAGCUCGGCCUCGAUGUCGUCGACGCGGCUCGGGGGCGGCUUGCCGCCGCCGCCGCUCGACGACGGUUUCUCGCUCAACGGACCGGCCGCUAGACGGGAGAAUGGCGCGAUUUAACAUUUGCUCGGAUAUAUCGCAUUGCGUAGAUACCGUGUUUGGCGCGCUGGAGCGUCUGCAACACCUCGAGCUCGAGCUCCUGGUCGGUGCAGGUGCGCUUGACGCCUUCGGGUAGCACCGAAUGGAUGCCGUCGAUGUUGAGACAGAGGGAGCCGAUGGGGUUGGGGGUGCAUUCGCGGCUGUCGUCGCGGUCGCUGUCCAAUUCGCUGAUCAGGACGGUUUCGCGGAACGACAGCAUCUUGAUCAUGUCGUCGUCUGCGGCGGAUUUUUUGUGUAUGUAUAAACGGCAAUCGAAGUGAUAUGUAAAUUUGUUUCGAAUAAAAUUAUUGCGUA